AUGAAGUGUUUGCUAAUAAAUCUCAUUGUUUUUGUAAUUGUUGUUAAUUCGGAUGUGGGUGAACGUUUGUUUUUACCACAUUUACCACUUGGUGAAUACCGAGUAAAUUUCUUAGGAAUUUUACGUUGUGAUUUAAAACAGUCGAACGAGAAAAUUAGGUUUGACCAUUAUCUGAGCAAAACGUCUGCCACCACUACAGAAAUAAAAGGAAACUUCACCAAUACCGUUCCAAUAGACGACUCUCUUAAUAUUGAAAUCGAUAUGGCGGUAAAAGAUUCUAUUGGUGGUUGGAAGGAGAAUGCUCAUUUAUUUAAGACACCCAAAGCUUGCUCGUCAAUCAAAUCGUUUUUCGGAGACUCUUGGCCUGGAGUAGCGGAUGGUCUAGGAAUGUACAACAUCACUGGUUGUCCUACUCCUCCGGUAUGGAAGAUUUUUUUAUAUUUAAAAAAAAUCCCGAUAAACCUAAUUGGAAAGUAUACUAGUAUACUAGAGUAG